GCUCUGGAGACUGCUCAACAGCCUCUGUCUGACUUCAAGCCCCGCUUCUCCCAAGUCUGUCCACCCUUUCUCCUUCUCAACUCAUCGUUGCCUCUCCUCAAGCCCAAUCCAGACUGCUGGGCCCUUUCGUUACUCCACCCACUUACCGCCCCGCCCCCUCCCCUUGGCUUUACGUCCUGACCCUACCGUCUCCUCGCGAUCUCUCUUCCACAGCCCAGCUAAAUUAUUCCCGGCUCUGACCUCCCCAGCUCCGCCCGUGUCCCCGCUGACCCCUUCCAGGUCCCUCCCUCCCUGCGCUGACCCCGCCCGCUGACCUCUCCCCGGCCGUUGGCCUCGUCCACGAUCUGCACGAAGCGGUCGAUCUGCUCGGGGGCCGGCGGACAGAAGUCUGGGAUGCGCAGCCGGUGCAGAACUAUUCCAGCACAUCAAGACUUCAUGUUGGGAUAUUGCGGGGUGGUGCCUUAUACCAGAAGCUAUGGUUAUGGGAGCUGGAGAUGGGGAAGGAACUGCGGGCCAGGCUUUGGUUUUUUGCAAAGCUAUUCAAUAAAGGCAGGUGAGAGCAGAAUCAGAGAAGAGGGAGCACUCAAUGAGUUGAUACUUUGGAUCUCUGCAAUCUGAGGUGUUUGUCUGGCCUACUGGGGCUUUAAAUCAGGGAGAAACCAAAGCGCCAUGAUGUCUAGAAAAGCUGCGAUCCUUUGGUAUGUUUAUUGGAUUACGGCAAGCUGUAAGAGGAGAGGACUCCCAAGCAAACAUCUGAGACAUGUCCAAAAAGACCUUUGUGUUCCCCAAAGAGUCAAAUAGUUCCUUUGUGACUCUGACUGCACAGCUAAGGAGGCCAUUCACAGCCUUCACCGUGUGCCUACGCGUCUAUACCGACCUGACUCGUGCUUAUAGCCUCUUCUCUUAUGCCACAAGGGCGCAAUAUAAUGAGAUCCUCCUCUUCAGGAGCAAGAAUGGAAUAUACAGUGUAACUGUGAGUGGAACUGACAUCAUCUUCAAGCCUCCUGAACGUUCUGCACCAAUGCACUUCUGUAUGACCUGGGAGUCCUCCUCAGGGAUUGCAGAGCUCUGGGUAGAUGGGAAACCCAUGGUGAGGAAAAAGAGGGGAUAUUAUCUGGGGACAGAAGCAAGCAUCAUCCUGGGGCAGGAGCAGGAUUCCUUUGCUGGAGGCUUUGAUAAAAACCAGUCUUUGGUGGGAGACAUUGGAGAUGUGAACAUGUGGGACUUUGUGCUGUCACCAGAUGAGAUUAGCACUGUCUGUGCUGGUGGGACCUUCAGUCCUAACAUCCUGGACUGGCGGGCACUGAAUUAUACAGUGCAUGGUGAAGUGUUCACCAAGCCCCAGCUGUGGUCCUGAGGCCUUUUUGUUGCAUCCUGAUGUUGCCUUUUGGGGAUUACACCUUACAUUUCCCUUG